AGGAGAAGGAUGCACGCCACUAGCUCCUGCAGAGGGAGGGCCUGUGAGCCAGGAUCUGGGAGGCAGCCAAGCCGAGGCACUACCUGAGGAACAGGCCGGAGGACCCCCUGCCGCAGAGGAACUAGUAUUCACAGGGGCUGAAUGAAAUCCUCAUGAUCAUUACAUACUUGUUCGAUAAUAGUAUACUCCGGUCACGUCUCCUUGCAAGUGCAUUUCGCUGGAAUCACUGAGCAGAAGCAAAGAAGAGCUGAUGACUAUGUGCUGCCGAAGCAGGUUGCGGGAGCCCUGUAUUUUCCACUGGCUGCAGUUUUAUGUUUUAGUUGCAGCUUCUCCCAUCUGGAAUAUCAAAGUGGGAUUGAAGUAGAUAAUUGUUAGCAGCGGGUUUAUGAGAGAGACUGCGAGGAACAGAAUGCCUCUCACACAGCACAAACUGCUCCGUCUGAAAGAGCUGUGAAUAGAUGAUUUUUAGAUGUUACCCACAUCUAAUGCUCCUGGAAACUUUGCAGUGGAAAUGAGCCAUUGCGCCCAGUUCUUUAGUUAACAACCAAAAGGGGCAAGAAGGGGGCAGCAGGGCUGAACAAUGGGACACCUUGUCCUUGGAUUUCUCACAGAAAAGCUAGCAAAUGUUUCCCUCUGCCUUCCAGUGAAAAGAGCGUGAACGCUACAAUGAACUGAAUUCUACCCAACGGAGCUCAAGUAAGCUUUUUCCACAAGGAUGGGAUACAGUGACCCCUCGUCAAGCAGGGAUUUGCUGGGGAACAGAACUUUGUUCUUCAUCUUCAUCUGUGCUUUUGCCGUGGUCACUUUGCUGCAGCAGAUCCUGUAUGGGAGAAACUAUCUCAAGAGAGGGCUGCAGUUUAGCUGGCAGAGUGGAGAGGAACUGGCAAAUUGGACCGGGACCUUUAAUUUCACGGAUGGUGGAGCAGUGAAGAGUGGCAGUGACACAGGCACCAGGUACUUUGAGUUUUAUGAAGGGCCUUUUGAAUACAACUCCACCAAAUGCCUGGAAUUAAGACAGGAUAUCAUUGAGGUGAAAGUGCUCUCUAUGGUGAAGCAAACUGAAUUGUUUGACAGGUGGAAGAGCCUACAGAUGUGCAAAUGGGAGAUGAAUGUGACAGAAGCCAACAUAUUCAAGUCAACGUUGUCAAGAUGUUGCAAUGCCCCUGCUUUUCUGUUCACCACACAGAAAAAUACUCCCCUGGGAACUAAAUUGAAAUAUGAAGUGGAUACUAGUGGAAUCUUCCAUAUCAAUCAGGAAAUCUUCAGAAUGUUUCCAAAGGAUAUGCCGUACUAUCGCUCCCAAUUUAAGAAAUGUGCUGUGGUUGGGAAUGGAGGGAUUCUCAAGAACAGCAGAUGUGGACGGGAAAUUGACAGUGCAGAUUUCGUAUUUCGAUGCAAUUUACCUCCUAUAUCUGAGAAAUAUAUCGGGGACGUUGGUGUAAAGACAGACGUUGUGACAGUCAAUCCCAGCAUUAUUACUGAGAGAUUCCAUAAACUGGAGAAAUGGAGGAAACCUUUUUAUGAUGUGCUACAGGUUUAUGAAAAUGCAUCAGUGCUGCUGCCUGCUUUCUACAACACCCGCAACACGGAUGUCUCUAUCCGGGUCAAAUACGUCCUGGACGAUUUUGCAUCUCAGCAAGCUGUCUACUAUUUCCACCCUCAGUAUCUCAUCAACGUCUCGCGCUACUGGCUUGGUCAAGGGGUGCGUGCCAAGCGGAUUAGCACGGGAUUGAUUCUGGUGACUGCUGCCCUGGAGCUCUGUGAAGAGGUCCACCUUUUUGGCUUUUGGGCUUUCCCCAUGAACCCCUCAGGGAUUUUUAUAACUCACCAUUACUACGACAAUGUCAAACCUCGCCCUGGCUUCCACGCAAUGCCCUCAGAAAUCUUCAACUUCCUCCACAUGCACAGCAAGGGGAUCCUGCAGGUUCAUACUGGGACUUGCAGCUGCUGUUGAUGAUGAUGAUGAUUUUUCCCCCGAUGUAAAAGCGCAACAGGAACUCAGUGUCUAUGUUCAGUGUGGAAGAGUUUUAUUACAUCCUGAGAUUAUGCAAUAAUUGUUCAAUAUCGAUUUCUCAAAGUAUUGCAUCCCACAGAAGCUGGAAUUCCAGCAUCCUUCCUGCUAGAUGGGGUAGGGUUAUGUGAUUUGGGUAAAGUGAAACUCAUCCAUCAUAGGAUAUGCACUGCCCUGGAAAUCAGAUCAAGAAGCACAUUUUCAAUAGGUUUUAGGGAUAUACAAAGCACAUUAGUGUAGCUGUCAUUUCACUUUCAGGAAAAGCACCAAAUGGAACCCAUUAGGUAAAGCGAAUUUUAGCAUAUACUGCAGGGCAUUAGAAAGGUGUUUUGACUCAUAGACAACUGCGGGUAUUGUCAAUUUUUAUUGAAACUGCUAUUCUCUUGCAUUAGGGUUUUAAAAACAAAUUAUUUAAGCAUUAUUGUAGUUGUAAGGGGAGAGGUAUAAGCUGUGGUCUUUAUUGUGUAAUGACUCAUAGCAUCGAUGAAACAUGUCUGUGUAAUAUCUCAUGGUGGGGUUAGAUCAUUUGUGAGAAGCCAGGCAGGACAGAACAGGUGGUUAAACUGCAAUUCCCAGCAAAAUGUAACUGCAUCAAUCUUAUCCAAUCACAGUUGCCUCUUCUUUGUUUUCCCACGUUCCUCCUUGUGUCUUACACGCCUCCCUCCAUUCCCCAAACAUGUUUUCUUCCUGCAGUCACCAGCUCUGGACUUCUGACUAUUUCUUAGCAAAGUAAUAUGUUGGUCCCCAAGAAUUCUACCAGGGCCUGGGAGUAGUUCUCUUGAAGCCUAUGAGACUAUUCUACAUGAGGUUUGCAGAACUGAUUUUUGGGUUCAUAUGGCACCGACCCUAGGAGACGACAAGGCUCUUGCAGAUUAUUUUUUCCAGAUGCUUUUGAUGACGCACCAGAAUGAUGAGGAGCUUCUCCCAGUGGGAAAGCUUUCUAGUUGCUCAAUAUUUACAGCAGCUGUUGGAAAGUAAAUGCUGAUGGCUAGAGGGCUGGGAGGAGAUAGAAAUGAAGUUAAACAAUAGAGACACUUCUCAUCGUUUUCUGUGUGUUUAAAUUAAAGUUAUACAUUUAGAGACCUUAAGUGUAUUCAUUAGACAUUGUCUUCUGUUGGGGACACUGCUGUGAGUGUUAUCCCAUCUUAGCACUAACCUACACCUAAAAGUUUUACUAUCAUAACUAUGUCAGUGAUGUCAGAGGGAUUUUUUUGCUCACAUAGUUAUGCUGGUAAAAGCCUUAGGGUAGCUGCAGUUUUAUAAAAGGUGCUUUAUACUGGUAUAGCUUAUUUCAGUUCCUGUACAAGAAUCAGCUAUCCUGGUAUAAGCACUUUCAUACUGUUACAGGUGUGUCCAACCUAGGGGCUUUUUCUGUUUAAACUAUGCUGCCAUAAUUAAAGUGGCAAAUCUUUGAAGUACAGACAAGCCUUUAAUUGAAAUGUUUAGCAGCCUCCUACAUAGUAUCAGUAAUUUGAUAAACAUGUACAAUCUAACCUGGCUCAGUGUUUUCUAGGUCUAAAUAAUAUGGAGGGUGGACCCUGGAACCUGGCCUUCUCCCCUAGAUUAUCAAGAUUUGUAAAAUGAGUAGUUUAAUAUUUCCAUAGGUAUCUUAUAUUUGCAAUAUUUGUCUUCAUAUUAAACUAGCCACAUCUCUUCAGGCCUAUAUGGGAGAUGCCAUUUUGGCAGCAGAUUAGAAAGCACUUAACCACUGAAAAACAAAGGUGUAAUUAAAGAGAGGUUAAAAGGCAUAGCAGAGAGAGAACCCUUCCGUUUCUUGUUACUAGUUCUGCUGAGGUCUAAUUCUUGAUCUGUUGAUGUCAAUGUUGAUGCCAAGUUAGUUUCAUACAUUGAACUUCAUGGAAUUUGUCUAGUUUGGGGGACAGAUUAAUUUAGUUCCCAUGACUUACUUUAAUGGCCUGUAGUAGAGAGCUAAUACUGCACAUCCAGAGUUCUUAAUGACUUCAGGAUAUUCUGAUUCCUCAUCCCUAUUAGGGGUUAGGGUGAUCAAAUAGCAAAUGUGAAAAAUCGGGAUGGGGUGGGAGGGGGG